CUUCAAAAAUCAAAAUAAUUUGCAUCUCUUCUAACAAAAAUACCCAAUUUGCAAAACCACCAUUAACGAACCUCUCCUUUUCACUUUCCUCUUGAAACCCUAAUCAUGGAAUUGAUCAACUUCGCCAAAGGCUAUGGCAAAGUCAACCCCGCAGAAGCAGAAGACAAUCCCCCCGACUCCCCACCAAACCACCAGCGGCGGCGCAUCAUCGCCUUCUCUCUCGCCGUCUUCCUCACCCUCACCAUCACCAUCACUUCUCUCAUCACCGUUCUCAUCCACGAGUCCGCCGCCGAGUCGGAACCGUCGCAACUCGCCUCCAACUCCGCCGAUCCCCUCAAAACCGUCUGCUCGGUAACUCGGUACCCUAACUCAUGCUUCUCCUCAAUCUCUCCCCUCAACUCGCCGCCCUCGAACAAUCCGCUCCAAUUCUUCAACCUCUCUCUCCACGCCAGCCUGCUCGAGGUGUCGAGCCUCAAGAGCCAGCUGCCGGAGCCGAACACCGAGCCGGCGAUGAAGGACUGCGCCGAGCUGUUCGACGGCGCGGCGAGUCAACUCGGGAGGUCGGCCGAGUUGAUCUGCGUGGGUCCCGGGGAAGAGGUGUUGACGGAGAUGAGGAUCAGCGACCUGCAGACGUGGAUCAGUGCUGCCUUGACUGAUCUCGACACGUGUCUUGAUGGGCUGGCAGAGAUGGGAUCGACGGCUGUGGGUGAGUGGAAAUUGAAAGUGCAGAAAGCUAAGGAGUACAUCAGCAACACCUUAGCAAUUCUCACCAAUAUACGAAGCCUUUCUCAGAAAUUCGGCCUCGCGAUGCCUUGAUUAAACCAUUGACACCGACAAUUCGUCAUUUUUCGUUCUUUUUUAUUUUUUGGUUGGUUUCUUUGUAUUUUUAUAUGUGAGUGUAAUACUUAUUAAACUACUGUAUUUAUGCCUUUUCUUCGAUGAUUAUACUAUGUGGAAUAUAUACGAUCACGAUGUAAUGAAAUAUAUACUUGCAAUUUUCCCAA